AUGGACGACAGCGCCUCAGCGCCGCUUGCCGACUACUUUUGGAUAGCCGGUAUCGAGCACAUUAGCUACAAUGACUCCCUCGACGAUUAUGCCCCGGCUGCCCAGCCGACCCAGCUAGAAGAGACCAUUGUCGAGGACGGCGAGGGCGAGGAGUCGGCUACCACGCCCUCGCGCGCGACUGUCCGACACUCCCGUCAGAACUCGGCCAACCGUUUAUCCACUAUCUCGAAUCAUUCCAUAACGCCUUCUGUCAUCAGCGUGCAACGUGUCUUGGAAGAGACCGAUGGAAAUACGAGGAGCAACCGCAGCAGUGCUACCAUCCGCCCGAACCCUUCUCCAGGAGUUAACAGUGGAAACAAUGGCCUCUCGUCAGGUGGCGGCGAAGGAAUUGGCUUCGACGGCUUUCCCUCAGACUUCGAUUUCGACAAGGCUCUCCUCAAGUUUGCCGCCGAGCGAGAGAACUUCCUCGAGGAUCUGACCUUUAGCGCUGGCGCAAAGAUCCAAUCGAGGCCCCCGAUGGUGAAUCCGAGGACAGAGAAGCUUAAGGCCGAGGACACGGGCGACCAUAGCGGGAGAAAGAGUCCUCUCAGGAGCAUCCGUGGCAGCAUCCGUCGCAAGAUGAGUUUUAGGGACAUGACCAGCGUCCGGAAGCAGCCGAUGCCUCCCAGAGCAGCAUCCGUCCGGACCGCUAAGCGUCUGAGCAACUAUAACUCGGUCAUUCCUCCUCCCGAGCCCCUGAACACUGACCCCGAUAUGCAUCCGCUUAAGAGGCGGUUCGAGCCCGUACUCCUUGACAGGUAUCCUGCACGGGACGCCUCACCCGAGGAGCUGGCCAGAAGGGGCAAGUUCCCGGACUACGUUCCCAUGUUCGCCUUCCCCAACGACAUUCAGAUCGUUUCCUCUGACGACCGGCCGCGCUCGACUUGGCACGGCUUCACCAUGACUGGAGAGGACAACACUAAGAUUUACGGCAUUGCCAUCAUUGUCUGGACCGCCCUUAGUGCAGACAUUGCGGAGGAAGUGGAGAAACGCUGCGAAAUCUGGCGUCAGAGACACAUGUCUAACGAGGAAAGGGAGCUCGCCGCAAGUUUAGGCGGCCGUCUGGCCGCUGAGAGAGCUAACUUGUCCCAGCUCCUAGCAAAACUGGGUACUGUUCCCUCUGGGUCGCCGCAAAGAGAGGCAUUGGACGAGCAAAUCAGCGCGGUUGAAGAAAAGAUCGCCCUCAUGACUGAGAUGUUGAGGCCACUCCGGCACGGCGCCGCUUCGAAGAUCGACGGCCUUACCGCAGGCGAGACAGGCCUUUGGGUCCCUCGCGCAUACGGUAUCCUCGGUCGCGACCCGUCCAAGAUGGCUUUCUGGAAGGAGUGGCUCAGGGCUGUCACCGUUCCUAUGACGGAUGGUGCCAUCUUGCGUGUGCCGCCAAGUUCCCCCAAGGUCGGCCGUUGGCAGCCCCUCGAGCGUUAUGUGGUCAACCUGUGCACCGAGGCUUUUAGCCCCCUCAGCUCCCUGACCCAAGUCGAGAUUGGCGUUCGGGAAUUGAGGCUAUAUGCUCGGAAAGAGGCGGCUAACGAGCUCCCCGGGUCACGGAGCAUCGAUAUAUACGCCCUCUUCCGUUGUCUGUCCCUUGAAAAUAUCGUCCUUCUGUUCGAGUGCGCUCUUUCGGAGGGCCGCAUCAUCUUCCUUUCUUCACAUACGGCCAUGCUGCAUCUUGCAGCUCACGCAUUGGUCAACCUCCUCUAUCCUUUCAAGUGGGCGAGCAUCUUUAUUCCCGUUCUGCCCGCUCGACUCAUCUCGGCCCUUGAGGCCCCAUGCCCAUACAUUGUUGGCGUGGAGCGGCGAUACGAAAGGAUCGAUAUCCCGCAAGAGGACUACGUCCUGGUCGACCUUGACAAGGAUACCAUCGAUGCCAACCCGAAACCUCCAAGCUUACCACGGCAAAUCCGGCGCAAGUUGUUAUCUCUUCUGCAGAUUGCGGCUCCUCACCGCAUCCGGUACGGAGUGGCUUCUGGCCCCCCCCCGUAUGCAGUCGAGUCGUUCCCCUACGAUGCAUACUCCUGCGAAAACGAAACGCUUUACAACCCUCUUCCGGUCAAGAGCACCUUGGGCAAAUGGGUUACACAAAACUCGUCAACGUUUGCUGAGCCAGACACGUCCAACUCGAUUCGGACGCCCCUCUUCAAUGCCUUCACCAAGGCCAAGGUCGACCACAGUAAGACGGAUCGCCCGCAGACCGCGAAGUCGAGCAAAGGUAGCCCACCCUCGUCGGUAUCGCCUGUGUCGAUGAACUUCCCGCCCAUGCCUACAACGCCUGUGUCUCGUAGCGACUCGGGUUUCGCGCAAACCCUCCGAGAGAAGCGGUCCGGUCACUUCGAUGAGAAGUCAAGGCGCAGCUCAUCGUUUGGUAUGGAUAAGUACCAUCACCAUCCUCCGAUGCAGCAUCGGCCAAGCCUGCCGUUCCUCAACGGUCAUAGCCAGCAGCUGUCGAUCUCCGCGAUUUCGAUUGAUUCUCAAUCCUCUUUUGGCGGGUAUGCGCCGUCAACAUAUGCCCAGAGCACGAUCGCCGCAUCGACCAUUAUGCCCAACAUGAUGAUCCAACCAGUACAGAAUACGGACAGCACAGUCUGGGUCGAGGGUCACUGCUUUGACUGGACCGCUUCGGAGGCCAACUCCAUCUGUACCAUUUGCGAUGAACGUGCCGAAGGUGAUGGGUUGUUCAAGUGUUCAGGCUGCGACUGUUUAUCCCAUAACCGCUGCCUGGGUUUUGUAUCGCUUGUCUGCCCGCAAGCCUUCCACCCGGAUCGCGUCCGGGCGGCAUUCGUCCGCUGCAUGGCCAGUCUCUUAUACACAUACCGCAAGCACCUUGGCCGGCCUUCCCGCGAACAGAAGGCCAAUGGCCAGCUGUACGCCUUUGACAUGGACGGCUUCAUCCGCAGCCUGCCAUAUGACCAGCAGGAGUAUGCGACUAUGUUAAGGGACACUCAGGCCUUCAACGAAUUCAUCCACGAGCGCGAGCGCCAUCCCGCCUCUGACCCAUCUAUCCGUUUGUUUGACGAAAUCAUCCUCGCCAAGAAGGCUCGCGGUCGUCCCGCCUUCUCUACCGGUCUCUCUCGUCUGUCUACGCUCCGGGCUGCAUCCACCUAUAUUCCCCCAUCCUCUACGUUCUCUACAGCCGGUUCUCUCCCCUCGCGUCCCGGCUCCAAAGCGCCCAACUGGUUGACCGAUACGUCAGACCAUAUCUGGCGGACUGCGUCGGUGCCCUCGCCGGCUACAAGCAGCAACAAGUUUGCGGGAGAUAACUACCGGGCUGUGGUGACGCGUGUGCCGCUCAGGCUAGACCCGAGCCUGAUGAGGGAGCCGCGCGCCAUUCAGGGUAUACCUAGGCCUGAGCAGGGCCGGGGGAUGAAGGGUGUCGUCAGGAAGCAAGUUGCUAGUAUGUUGGGACCGCCGAGUGAGGGGUUCAGCGUCCCAUGA